CAAGUAGCCCCGGCAGCGGCGGGGGCCGGGAGUUUUGCCCGCGGUCUCCCCGCGGGAGGCGGAGCUGGCGCCGCCGGCCCGGGGAGCGCCGCGGGGUCCAGGUAAGCCCGUCCCGGGGGAUGGGGGAUGCUCGGAGACGGCGUUGUCCCCGCGGACCUGGCAGAGGAAGCUACAGCCCGAUGUGACGGACGCUGGCGGUGACGAUCCACGUUACAGAAAUUACACUGAUUGCUUCUAAUUACUGUAACUGUGCGCGCCCAGCUGGAGGCGAGGGGCCUUUGAGAAGUUCUUACCCAGACUGUUGGAUGUGGAAGGAAGCUCGGCAGAGCACUGACACCGCGAGCAUGAAGUGACUGGGGAUGAAUUUCUGCGUUAGAGCACGAGCUGCUGGGACGUGGCUGCCCUGCCCCGCUCCCCUCCUCUGCCACGGCGUCAGCUCGACGUUCACCCAGUUCCUCGGAUCCUCUAGAUGUUAUUGGAAUGUGACUACAGAAUAAAAUGCACUUUUCUAACAACUUGUUUGUGGACAUUUAAUCAGACUUUGAUUUCUGGAAAUGCUACAACAUGGCUUCUUCAGGGAAUGAGAUAGCACAAUGGACUCACAGGCAAGGUGGCAGGAUUGGAGAGCUGGUGGAGCCCAUCGUCUCGCCUGAAAACGGUAAUCGUCUUUCGCCGGUGAAGUCGAUGGGCGGUGUAGACCAUCUCCUGCACCUGCCUGGGAGAGCAGACUCUGCUUAUAGCUCUUUCUCAGGGGGAUCAAAUGUUCCAGAGUAUCCCACCCCUUUGUGCUAUGGUGAAAACUACUGUUUGCCUCCAGAGCAGGUGUCGUACAUGGACUCAGAAUACGUAAGAGGUAUUUAUAAUCCCAGUGCAGCAAACUCUGACCUCAGGUGCCUGCACCUGUACAAGGCACCAGACCUGAGCAUCCAUAGUAACUCUCACAGCUCCAGCCUCGCUGAACGCUGUGGAAGCACUCCUACCCGAGGGACUUCGAAUCAGGGACCGCUGCCUCUGGCUGCACCCCCACCUUCUCCUCCCACCAGACUCGAUAGCUAUAAAGUCACUAGACACCUUGAAAACUCAAGAGGGAGACACAACUCUGGCAGUCACAGUGAGCGUAGUGUGCAGCCAGGUCCUGGCAUGCAGGACAGUCAGCCAGCGGACAGGGAUGUACCAUGGAGGCAACAUAGGGAUGAGAUGACUGAGCAAGAUAUAGUGGCUGCUCGGAGAAAGACUCUGGAAAACAAGGGUCUGUCUUCUUCUGAUUCUACAAAUGAGGUAUUUAUAUCAAAAAUUCAGGGGUUAAAGACGGAGGAAAAUGGAGAGUGGAGCCCUUCCCAACAACUUAUAAAGAGAAACAAUCCACACGUUUUUAGCAGGCCUUCUUCAUUCAUUUUUCAAGAAUAUUUAAAGACUGACUCUUUGGCAAAUGUCCCUAAAAUACUUUCUGCUUAUAAUUCAGUUCCUGCUUACAAAAUUCCUGAAGAGAUGAGCUCCAAGUCCUGUCGCCCAGUGCGUACCAGCCCCAGCACAGUUAAUGAUACACAAGAAGACGAACAGCAUCCCUGCAGCAUACGUAAGCCAGCUUUCAGAGACGCAGAUCUGGAAAGCGUGGUGCCGGAGCCCAGCCACCGAAAAGGAUCCUUGCCCUGCGCUCAGUGCCCAAUCCCUGCUGAGGUGUGUUCAGACUUGGAUCAAGAUGUGUUUGAGGACAGUUGUGAUAUAAAAUAUAUGGACAAUGUUCUUCUAAUUAAAAACGCUUCCAGGAAGCUGACCAGUUGUACAGAUGAAAAUCAGUGCUGUGACUCUGAAGGAAAAAUUGGGAGCGAUGUUAAGGAACCGCUCCAUAAUCAGCAAGCCAAAAUGCAGCGAUCGUCACUGUCCUGCAGCCGCGGCACCACAGAAGCAGAGCACCCUCACUGUGAGGGGUCAGAUCAGGGAAACAAGCAAUGCUAUGACAAUACUAACCAAAUGUCUUAUUUCAGACCAAAGGAAGAUUCCACGUCGUGGUUUUUACAUGAAGUCAAGAAAGAAAAACAGGCUACCAACAGCAGCGCUGACCUUAGUGUGCGUCUAGAACAAGAGGAACCUCCUGUUCCUUAUCAGAAACGCCAACCUGAAUUUCAAAAACAGCUCUUAAGACAGCUUCAGGAUGAUCCUGCUGGUGAACAAAUAACCAGGCAGACGACUCCCAUGCUUUACUAUCUUUCUGGGGGGAAAACAACCAACAUCCUCCACCACAACAAGCUCACCCGGUGUCAGGAGGACUCGAGGAGUUCACCAAAGGCAUUUCCAGCAAGCAGCUACUCUGCUUCAGCGCGGUGUCUAGAGAUCCAAAGGGAAAGCAGUCAGCUUCAAAGGACCAGCCACCACCUUCCAUACAGUGCUGACGAUCUCCUGCUUGAGACUGAAGACCUCAUUCUUGGGAGUCCUGCUUCAUCCGUGGAGGAGAGUUUCAAGAAUGACUAUAGAGAGAAACUUAAAGUGGCUCAGAAAAAGGUUCUGAGAGAAACUUCCUUUAAAAGAAAAGACUUACAGAUGAGUUUGCCCGUUAGACUGAGACAGAAACCCUCUAAAAGGCCUUCAAUUGAACACCUUAGGUCUUUCUCUUUAUCCAGUGCAAGUGAGGAUGCCAAUCCUGUUCCUUGUUCCCCUUCUCACCUAGAAUCCCUGGAAAGUUUCAAUAGAGAUGAAGAAAUCAAGAGGCCACAAACAGGUCGAAUAGGGGGAAGGAAAAGGGUAACCAAAGAGCAAAAGAAACUGUGUUACUCUGAACCUGAGAAACUCGAUCAGCUGGCAGAUAAGGAAGUAUCAUGGAAUCAAGUCGGGGAUGAAAUCACUGAGCAAGAUACAGUGGCAGCUAGGAAAAAGACUCUGGAGAACAGAGGGAGGGCACUUUCCAGUUCAAGUAUCUCCAGGACAGAGCUGAAACAAAUCCAGCAUACUGCACUUAUGGAAUACAUGGAGCGAAAGAUUAAUCAAAGGCCAGGUAGUUCCCAGCACCUCCCACUGCAUAAGCCACCCCUGCAGAAGAGGCUGUCGCAUCCCAAAUGGCCUCCCGGCAAGGUUUCCAAUCCAAACGGGAGCAGGAAGGUGCAAAACACUGAGGUUUUCUGCCAAGUUAUCUCUAAAGAAAAAUCAUCAGAUGUUUCUCCUCCUUUGGCUUUUGCUCCCCCCCCGAGCGUGAGCAGUGGGGGCGAUCCCAGCCCUGCUGGUGGAGCAGCCGCCUCUGAGCACGACCUGUCUCCUAGCGCAGCAGACGGGAGCUGCAGCAGCAAGUGUGCCUCAGCCGAAAGCCUCCCGCCGGCGGGCGAUCCCGCAUCGGGGAGAGCUCGCGAGGGGUCAAAAUCGACUCCUCCUUCCACACAGGAGCCUUACGGAAGCAGCGGUGGUGAGGCGGCACCGGCUCGGCGUUGUGAGAGCUGUCUCGGCUCCCCCAGUUUCUGUGAUCCUGAGAAAGAUGGAUGUGAGGAUCAUGAAUGUAAAGACAGUGCCAUAACUGGAUGUGCGUGUUGUCAGGAUAUGAAGGGGCUGACUCCUGAAACUUCUAUUCCUGUCCUGAGAAGCGGAGGCGAGGAAGAUGCUCAGGUGGAGGAGGAAUGCAGCACUACAUCUCUGAAUGGCAACGCGUUAAUAAAUCCAGAGCAGCAGCCUGCAGCUCCUCCGGAGCAAGUACUGCCCUGCCACAUAGCGUUACCUCAGCCUCACCCGGCAGACAAAGAUACAGCCAAGGGUUUAGUUGCAAAGGAGACAUCCGUGCACGAUAGCCAAGAUGACAUUCUCCCCAAGACAGAGACAGAUCUGCCCCAAAGGAGACUGCAGUCUCCUGAGGACCAGCGCUACGAAGAACUUGCUAUGGAGAUCGUUGCCAAAGACCGUUCUCUGGUUGAUAUUCUCAUGCCUCAUCCUGUUAGAAAAACUGCUUUGGACCUGAUGGAGGGUCUGUUCCCUGUUAACGUUUCUAUGCUGGAUAAAUCACACCGAAAAAAGGGAGACGUACGGUAUGUGCAGCAGAAUAAUAGCAGGAAAAGCAGUAAAGAUGCAACAGAAGAAUGUCCUGAAUCUGAACGCUAUGCCAAGCGAAGGAGCGAAGAUCCUACCUCUAAGGGAAAUCAAGUCCUGAACAGGAGCAGAGACGGCACAAAUGACCUAGAUGACAUCACGUCUAAGAAACUGGAACUCAUCUCCAGCCUCCGGUCAAAGCUGCGGACGCUGUGGGAGGAAAGGGAGCUCGUCCUCUCUGAAGCCAGGGAGUGUGCGGAGCAGGGCGAGGAGCUGGAGGCGACGGUGCGGGAGCUCUGCAAGCCCAACGAGUUCGAGCGCUACAUGAUGUUCAUCGGGGACCUGGAGAAGGUUGUGAGCCUCUUACUCUGCCUGUCCAGCCGCCUUGCCCGAGUCCAAAACGCCAUGAGGAGGAUUGAUGGCAAUACAGAUGCUGAAGAGAAGCAAUCACUGAACGAACGGCACAAGCUCUUGUCUAGACAGCGGGAAGACGCAAAAGACCUGAAAGAGAAUCUAGACCGCAGGGAGAGAGUGGUCUCUGGCAUCCUUGCCAAAUACCUGACUGACCAGCAGCUCCAGGACUACCGGCGCUUUGUUCAACUCAAGACCUCCUUGCUGAUUGAACAGAAGGACCUUGAAGAGCAGAUUAAAUUUUUGGAAGAACAAUUAGGAAGUCUUGAGAAAAGCAUCCCCCUCUAAUACCCACCAACCGCCCAUUCGUUUUGACACAUCGUAAUUUGUGAUGUUUCCCUGGAAAUCCCCAGGUGCUCGGAUUGGUGAAUUCUUGCAAUCCUGUUAGUGCCACGCUAUCGACAAGUGCUUAGAUGCUCUGGGCACACGCUGGACUUUCCUUCCCCUUUGGACAGCCCAACUGACAACAUCUCUCAUAUGUAGCAAACUGCAUUUUGGAAAUGACUGAUAGGAUGUGUUGCUCCUAUUAACUUGGCGCAUAUUUCCCUUUCUUGUUGUCUGUCCAUCUGUUUCCAGAUUGACAUAAUCUCAAUAAAAGAACCAUACAAAUAUUUUCCUCUUGUGGGUGGGUUGAGUGUUUGAAAUGAAAAAUGAUGUGGGUGUUCAAAUUUGAAUUGGAGAUUGCACAAAGCCAUAGGAAAUGUUAUGGACCAUUUCAGCGAAACUCCUCGUUUGUACUGUUUAUAUGUAUGACACAGUAAAAAUACACUGUAAUGGAAGAAAAUAAUUAUUUCCUUUCUUGGCA